AAUUGCAUACGGCUUCUCUUUCGCGCAGUAGUUUCUGGGAAAUUGAGUCCGUACUCUAAAUAAUUCAAGCCCUCGUUCCCUUCUCCUGCACAGCUAACAAGAUGCCGGCCGUACAUCACAAACUGCUCCUGGAGGACGCUUUACAGGACAGUCCUCAGACUCGCUCUUUGCUCAGUGUGUUUGAGGAAGAUGUGGGAAUGCUUACAGACUACACCAACCAGCUGCUACAAUCAAUGCAGCGGGUGUUCGGAGCACAGAGUGAGAUGGGACUGGCCACAGAGCAGCUCUCAAAGCAACUUUUGGAAUACGAAAAGAAAAAUUUUGCCCUUGGAAGAGGUGAUGAGGAGGUAAUCACCACGCUGCAAAACUUCGCCAAAACUGUAGGGGAGCUGAAUGCACUCCACUGCGAGCUAGCUAACCAGAUGGCUGACAGCAUGGUCUUCCCCUUGAUCCAGUUCCGAGAGAAAGACCUCACAGAGAUAAGCACACUGAAGGAAAUAUUUGCCAUUGGAACUGAUGAGCAUGAGGCGGCUAUGGUCAAGUACAGUCGAUUGCCCAAGAAGAAGGAAAAUGAGAAGUUGAAGGCAGACUUGGUGAAGGAGGUGGCUUACACCAGAAGAAAGCAGCACCAGGCCUCACUGCAGUAUUAUUGUGCCCUCAAUGCCCUGCAGUAUCGCAAGAGAGUAGCUAUGCUUGAACCAAUGCUAGGCUACACUCAGGCACAGGUACUCAAUCACCCCAUCCUGUCAUCAUAUCAGCAUUCAAAUUAAGCCCAGCUGGACUCAGAGGCGGAGGCCAUGCGAGUGUCCCACAGGGAGCUUCUGUCUGUGGAAGACACUGUCUACAUGCCAGAUAAGGACACAGAGCCUGUCAAUCGCACGCUUAUCCAGAAGGCUGGCUACCUCAACAUUCGGAAUAAAACAGGCCUAGUGACCACAGCCUGGGAUCGUCUGUAUUUCUUCACCCAGGGAGGGAAUCUCAUGUGCCAGCCACGGGGGGCUGUAGCAGGAGGCAUGGUGCUGGACCUGGAUAACAGCUCUGUCAUGGCGGUGGAUUGUGAGGACAGACGUUACUGUUUUCAGAUAACUUCCCCUUCAGGAAAAACGUCAAUGAUUCUACAAGCCGAGAGCAAAAGAGAGUAUGAAGAAUGGAUUUGCACUGUGAACAACAUCUCCAGACAGAUCUACCUGACUGACAACCCAGAGGCUGUGGCUAUCCGACUGAACCAAACCGCCAUCCAGGCAGUGACUCCCAUCACCAGCUUUGAGAAGAGACAAGACGGCUCACCCAACCCCGACAGAGCUAAGCCAGGAGGUGUUCAUACUACCAGCAGUGGUUCUCAGAAAACAGGAGUUGCCCCAGAACCAGAGGACCUAAUAGCCCCGGGGACGCCCAUUCAGUUUGACAUCAUGCUGCCUGCGUCCGAAUUUCAGGACCAGAACAGAACUGGGGGGAGACGCACAAACCCAUUUGGAGAAACAGAAGACGACUGUUCGACAGAUACUGAUGACUCCCUGCUUCAGCAGGUAUUCGCUGUGCGCUUCCUGGGCUCCAUGGCGGUUCGCUGCGGCGACAAUCAGGAAGUGAUCUACGAGGCCAUGAGGCAGGUGCUGGCUGCCCGAGCCAUUCACAACAUCUUCAGGACCACAGAGGCCCACCUCAUGGUCACCAGCAGUAGCCUCAGGUUGAUAGACCCACAGACUCAAGUUACAAGACUAAGUUUCCAGCUUGGAGAAGUGUGUCAAUUCGCAGCCCACCAGGAGAAUGGGAGGCUGAUGGGAUUUGUGGUUGAAAGCAGAGACUGGAGCAAUGGAGACGAGGAGGGAGAACCAUCGUUUAGCGCCUUCGUCUUUGAGAGCAACACGGAGGGCGAAAAGAUAUGUUACACCAUAAACCUGGCAAAGGAGAUUACAGAAGCUAAGAAGGACCCGGAAGCUCUGGCCCAGCUAAUGAAGAACAUGCCUCUAACCAAUGAUGGCAAGUUCCUGCUGCUUGAGCCUGAGACGGGUGACACGACCGAAGGAGCAGGACAAGAAGAUCUGGAGUCUGAAGCCUAGUUCCAGUUAGAUUAUUCUCCCACCUAACCACCCCCAAAAAAGAUGAGCCAGUCAAAACCAGGGCCACAGUUCUGCUUUUGCCCCAGAGGUUUCAUUCUGAUGCCCAGCCCUAACUCUGGUACUGUGACAUCAAUAUUAGAAAGGCCACAUCCACCAACCCUCAGUAACUACAUCUCUCUCUCUCUCUCUCUCUUUUGCUGUGCUAAAAUCUUAAGAUGUUGACAUGGGUUUGACCCCACACACACACACACACACACACACACACACACACACACACACAUUAAAAAGAAAAAUUGAAAAAAGAACUUAUUUUCGCCCGUGCUCAGACUGCAACAUGAGUCUUUGCAUGUGGAGUUUGUCUUUGCACCACUGUAGGUGGUGCGCACAUCAAAAGGGACACCACAUAGAUACUGGAUGCGUUUUCAUCGUCUCCUAAAAUCCCGAGCCAUUUAACAGAGUGGUGACUCAUUUUCUUUCAGUUUAGGUUUACAUUUAUUUUUAGGUUUACAUAGUUUGAAGUGGUUUUUUGUGUUUGGAGAAUUUAAUCCCUUUACCUUACUUUGCUUGUUAACACGUAUGUGAGGCUCUUACGCAAAUACUUUGGCAUUCAUUCCUUGAUUAUUUAUGAAAGAAAACGUUACUGCACUUUGAGGUUUGUGUUUGUGUAACACCAUCAAAUUACCACAGAAUGUAAUAAUUGAUAGGAUUGGAGACUUUUAUGAUAGUGUAGGAUAGUUGAAAUGACAUCAGCUCCUUUUAUCCUUAGAGCAGCCACUCUUGCCUAGUUUAAUAUUUUUAUCCUUUUAGCCUCGUAAUGUGUGUCUCAAAGCAGGGUACACACUUGGCAAAACAUUUUCUUCUCGGCUCUCUUGCCACUGUGAAGUUAGACUUGGCACCCUGGCUAUCUUAAGCCUUCCCACUAAACUGAAUUACUUUUAUGCUCGACAUUUUCCUCGGCUACCUAUGUAAACAAGUUCUAAGAUGAUUUGUAUGUCAGCGGGAAACGGCCCAGAAACGACUUCACGCUCGUUUCCCCAAAAGCCCGUGUAAAUAUGAUCUGUCUAUGUAUGUUUAACCAGAGUCAAUAUGCUAGGAUCUAUUGCAGUGCAUGAUUAAAUAAUGGCAUUCAAUCUAGUUCCCUCUGCAGAAGAUUAAAGCUUAUACUAUGAGCACUGAGCCGUAACGCUAAAAGAGAAUCAACUCAACUGUCACAGUCCACAGUGCACUUGUGUGUGGGGGGGAAAGCAAUUUGCUCUUCUUUACAUAUGAAUGCUAAUCAGAGCAGAACAACUAAUGGUAACGCAACCUGUGAAAUUCAUCGCCCCCUCUGGAUGCCGCCGCAGUUUUGUUCAUUUUCAGUCCGUUUGAGCUGCGACACAAAUCUUGAUGGACAGCGGCAGCCUAUGCAGUGUCAGUGUGUGACCGUGUUUAGAAAAGGUGAAAAGAAACUGGCUGGAAGUAGAACUUGAAAGUUGCAGCGUGGUGACCAGUGCAGUCAGUUUGUGCCAGAAUCGCCGUGCCAGAAGCAGAAACAUGUCACACAUUUUAUUUAGAACUUGGAGCUGCACUAACAAAAAUUGUUCGACUGCUCAUCACCCUACGCAUCGGAAUUACAAGUUUGAUUUGCAAAGAGAAUUUCUUUUUGUUUUCUUAGAGGAAGUUUAAAAAAAGACCAUCCUGGUUUACUUAACCGACAAGGUAGAUCUUGUUUGUAUACAAAAAUCAACACCCAUGUAGCAGAUGGUAAUUGACAGACUAAUGCUUCCUUUCAUUCAGGUCAGAAAUCUCUAAAUUGAACAUUUUAAACUCGAGCUGGCGACGUUCCACACUGAUGUCAGGCGUAAAUACUCAGCUUCUUACAGCAGGCAGCAUUUUAAUAUUUAUGUCAUGGAUACAUUCGAGAAGAGGAAGAUAUAAAAAGUCUGUUAAGAACAUUAUAUACAAACUAGUGUCCAAUCAAGUACAUGUUUAAGAUGGCUUAUGACACUUCCUAACCCAGGCAACGUGUAAAUAGGACCAAAGGCAGAUUAGAGCUUCCCAGCUUCCAGGAUCUAUACCCCGCCCCUGUUAUCUCAUAAUCAUGAGAUUCUCUCAUAAUUUAACCCCAUCUCAAUAAAAGUGGGCUGCACCAAACAAAAAUGUUAAUUGGGUUAAAUAUACCAACCAAAUGAAGAAGUGCAUGUUUGGAUUCACUGGGAGAGAGCUAAUUGAUUAGUUGGUGUGGAUGUUUAUGGCAUGUAUUGAUUCAGGCAGUAAACGGGUGAUGAGGAUUACAGAUCACCUGUCAGAAAUGUGCAGUAGUCAGAAGCACAUUCAAGCUCACCAGAGCAUUAGAAGAGCGAGUCUCGCACUUCCAAGGGAACAACUGCUAUCUGGGCAAUUUGUCAGAAUAGCUUUUUUUUUUUUCCCUUUUUCUUUUAAUGGCUGAGUUCCCAGAGUUGACUCAUGAACUCGUGGUGCCGCUUGUAGCCAGAAGAAUACACACGUAAACACAGACUCUGUUCCAGGAAACCAAGCACAUUUCCCUAAACGUCGACUAACUUUGUGGCCUGAUUGGAAACUCCAAACUGGCAGGCUGUUUGAUGCGGCAUAGAUAAAGCAGUUUAUCCAAUAUCCUCCUUUCUCAGGGGACGGCAGAGGCACUUUAAUUACACCUUUACUAAAAUUGUGCUUAGUGCAGUGGCCAACAGUGAGUAGUUUGGGGUUUGAUGAUUCACAUAUAAGCGGGUGCCUGUGCUUUUGCUGAGCAGUGGCUUAAUUGGUGAGAUUUGCUCUAAAUGCUUCUACCCAGUCACAAAAAGAAAUCUUAGUGUAUAGAGGCUGAUGCAGCCCAUUACGCUCAUUACAGCUGUGCUGCAUAGUCUUGACAUAUUCUCUUGUAAGUAAUGCACAGUCAGUAAAAAUGUGGGUUAUGAAGUUGUAGAAAAUAAAUUUCUGUAAUAUAGCAAGGACGGCAUUUUCUCCCUUUUUCCUGUCUUUUUGUAAAAGGCUGAAGUUGCCACUACCCGUACAGCUUUGCACUUAAUUUGUCCUAAUUUUCUAGAACUGUGUAAACAUGCAUCCUUUAAUAAACAUGAGUCAUUUUUCUUA